UCUUAACCAAUCUCCGUUGCCUAUAUAAAUAUCUCUCCCUUCCUCAAACGUAUUCCUCGCUUUCUGGUCAAAAUCUCAUCCUUCUCUCUCUCUCUCUCUCUCACAGAUAUUUUCAAGUUGACUUGUGUCUUUUGCUGCUAAAGAUGGCCCUGGUUUCUGGAAGAUCAACGUUGAAUCCAAACGCUCCUCUCUUUAUCCCCGCUGCUCUACGCCUAGUGGAGGAUUUCUCCCCUGAAUGGUGGCAAUUGGUCACCACCUCCACAUGGUACCAUGACUAUUGGCUCGGUCAGAACCAGGAUGAGGAUGGCUUCUAUGCUAAUGAUCAGGAUAACUAUGACGAUGUAGCCGAUUUGCUACCUGAGACCUUUGAUCUUGAUGCUGGGGAGGACUUCUCUACUUUUGAAGCAGCUCAGUUUGAAGAGUUCCUCCAGUCAACCCAGACUGAAGAUAACAAUGCAAGUGCUGCGGUUCUGAAGAUUUUGAAAGCGUCAGAAGAUAGACGUCCCAAGUUGCUGGUGGAGCCAAGGAAGUAUGCAGAGAAGCCAGCCAAGUUUGUCAGUCCAAAAUGCAGCCCCCGCUUCAUCCAGCAGCCUCGUUGAAUUGGCUUGCUCCAUGUUUAGUUUACCCAGCGGCAAAACCAAGUAUCUGUAAUUUCUGAAUACAGCAAGAUUGAAACUCGUUGCUAUCAUCAUUGUUCAUUCCGAUGCUUAUUCUGUUCAGUUCACUAAAAGUACCCUACCGCUGAGAAACUUGUAAAAAAAAAACUGUAAAAUUUUAGCUAAAGAGAAAAUGAAAAUGUUUCUAGUUCA